AUGGCUGACAACGAAAUGGCGCACGUUGAGUUUUGUAAAUAAUCGUGAAAUGUGUGUGGCUAUUAAUCACAUUUUAACCGUUUCACAAUUAUAUUAAAAGUUGAUAUAUAAAUAAAUGAAAAAUACCUCUAUUCUUCUUAAGCACUAAAUAAUCUUAGAACCCUGUAAGUCGUUAAAGUUUAUAAACAAACAUGAGUGAAGAAAAGAAGGUUAUGUUCCACGAGAUGGAAUUGGAUGAUCGCAUUUUAAAGGCCAUAUCGCAGUUGGCUUGGCCCGAGCCCACAUUGAUACAAGAAACUGCGAUUCCCUUGCUUUUGGAAGGCAAGGAUGUGCUGAUGAGGGCUCGGACUGGGUCGGGCAAGACAGCCGCAUUCAGCAUACCAGUUAUACAGAAGAUAUUGAACCUGAAAAACACAAGUACGCAUCAGUGUAUACGAGCUCUUGUGUUGUCGCCAAGUAAAGAGCUUUGUGGUCAAAUAGCAUCAGUAAUAGGAGACUUAACAAUAAAAUGCGCCAGAGAAGUCCGCUGUAUAGACAUAUCGUCUAAUAGCGACACAGCAACACAGAAAUGUCUGCUAGCGGACAAACCUGACAUCAUUGUGUCCACCCCAUCAAGAGCAUUAGCACAUUUGAAGGCUGGGAACAUGAAGCUGAAGGAAGACCUGGCGAUGCUGGUGGUGGAUGAAGCAGAUUUGAUAUUUUCAUUUGGAUAUGAAGAUGAAAUUAAAGAGUUACUUGGGUUCCUUCCAAAAAUCUACCAAGCAGUGCUUGCAUCGGCCACACUAUCAGACGAUGUGCUCAGCCUCAAGAAGAUAGUGCUCCGGAACCCAGUGACCCUCAAACUGGAGGAACCGGAACUGGCCCCGUCAUCGCAACUGCAGCAUUACCAUUUAUUUGCCGAAGAGGAUGAUAAAGCGGCCAUUUUGUAUGCCUUGCUGAAACUAAACCUUAUCAGAGGAAAGAGUAUCAUCUUCGUCAGGACUGUUGAUAGGUGUUAUAAACUAAAACUCUACCUGGAACAGUUCAAGAUUGGUUCAUGCGUUCUGAACUCUGAGCUCCCAGCUGCGGUGAGGUGUCUAUCAGUGGACCAGUUCAACCGAGGCCGGUACCAGAUCAUCGUGGCUUCAGACGAGAAGGCGUUAGAGAAGCCAGACGGAGGACUUAUUGCUGACGAUGAGCAGAUUGGCAAGAAGAGGAAGAGAAAGCAAACAUCGAAGCGUAAGAAGGACAAGGAGUCGGGCGUGUCUCGCGGCAUAGACUUCCAGCACGUGUCCAAUGUGAUUAACUUCGACUUUCCGCUGGACGUCACCUCGUAUGUGCAUAGAGCUGGCCGCACUGCGCGCGGGAACAACCAGGGAACAGUGUUAUCGUUCGCGUCAAUACGAGAGAAACCGCUAUUGGACGCGGUGGAGGAACACUUAUCAAAGAGCUUCAAGACGCAGAACGUUUUACAGAAGUACGAGUUCGCGUUAGAAGAAGUGGAAGGCUUCAGGUACCGGUCCCGGGACGCAUGGCGGGCUGUCACCCGGAUAGCUGUCAGGGAGGCUCGGUUGAAGGAGAUCAAACAGGAACUGCUCAACUGUAAGAAACUGCAGGGUUACUUCGAAGAGAAUCCAAACGACCUAGCAGCAUUGAGAAGGGAUAAGGCGCUUCAUACAGUGAAAGUCCAGCAGCAUCUAUGUCAUGUUCCGGAGUAUCUUCUGCCAGCGGCGCUGAGGAAGGAAGAGGAAGAAAGCACAGAGGACGCCCAAGAAGCACCAGCUCCCAAGAAGAAGAAUAAGGGCAACUUUGGUAGCGCCAAGAGGCAUAAGUAUCAGGCACGAGCAGCCGACCCCCUGAAGAGCUUCGACUUGAAGAACCUGAAGAAAACAGCAGCAACCGACACGUAGCUAACAUUUUCGCUGUUGGGGGCUCCAGUAAGUUGGUUAGUACUAGCAUGUACUAGGGUUGUAAACUUGUAACCCCGGACACAAUUGUUAUAUAACAAUAAAUUGUUAAAGUUA